CGUCAGUUCCUGUGCCUGGUUACCUAGAAACCAAGAAAGCCGCUUGGACCCGUUAUACCGAAAUGUGUUGAAAACUGCUUAUAUUUGUGUGUUAAAUGCUUUGAGCUUGGGUUUUUGUUUUUUGUUUUUAUCACAAACGGAUAGUUUGUCUUGCUUUAACGUCGCAACGGAAAUCUAUUUAUUAAAAAAGUAACAGUUUAAAGGCGAUUUUUAGGCUAAGCUAACAGUUAGCAAGGAUGUUUAUUUACCUGAGUAAGAAGAUCGCCAUUCCCAACAACAUUAAACUGAAGUGUGUGUCUUGGAACAGAAACCAGGGCUUUAUAGCGUGUGGAGGAGACGAGGGGCUGCUGAAGGUCCUCAAGCUGGAAACUCAAACAGAUGAUGCCAAGCUGAAAGGUCUUGCAGCUCCAAGUAACCUGUCCAUGAACCAGACACUAGAAGGACACACCGGUGCAGUGCAGGUAGUAACCUGGAACGAGCAGUACCAGAAACUGACCACCAGUGACCAGAAUGGCCUCAUCAUAGUCUGGAUGCUCUAUAAGGGUUCCUGGUACGAGGAGAUGAUUAACAACAGGAAUAAGUCAGUGGUGAGGAGCAUGAGCUGGAACGCUGACGGGGAGAAGAUCUGCAUCGUGUAUGAAGAUGGCGCCGUUAUUGUGGGAUCGGUGGACGGAAACAGGAUCUGGGGGAAGGAGCUGAAGGGGAUCCAGCUGGCCCAUGUGGCCUGGUCUCCUGAUAGCAAGAUCCUGCUGUUCGGGAUGGCCAAUGGAGAGAUCCAUAUCUAUGACAACCAGGGCAACUUCAUCAUGAAGAUGACCCUGCAUUGUCUGAUAAACAUGUCCGGCGCCUUCAGCAUCUCAGGGAUCCACUGGUACGCAGGAACCGAGGGCUACAUCGAGCCUGACUGUCCUUGCCUCGCCAUCUGCUACGAGAACGGACGCUGUCAGAUCAUGCGCUACGAGAAUGAUGACCAUCCAGUGAUCAUUGACACUCUUAUGAACGUCGCCAGUAUCCAGUGGAACCACAGCGGCAAUGUUCUUGCCAUAGCUGGAUCGUUCAGAAACCCCGGAGGAGAUAAAGACGUCAACGUCUUGAAUUUCUACACACCGUUUGGAGAGCACCUCCGCACUCUGAAGGUUCCGGGUAAACAGGUGACAGCGGUGUCAUGGGAAGGAGGAGGACUGAGGAUCGGCCUGGCUGUGGAUUCCUACAUCUACUUCGCCAACAUCAGACCUGAUUACAAGUGGGGUUACUGCUUGAACACAGUGGUGUAUGCGUACACUCGUCCAGACAGGAUGGAGUACAGUGUGGUGUUCUGGGACACGAAGAACAACGAGAAGUUUGUGAAAUAUGUGAAGAGUCUGAUGUCGGUCACCACCUGUGGAGAUUUCUGUAUUCUGGCCACUAAAGCAGACGAUUCCCAUCCACAGGAAGAUGUAGAACCGGACACAGCAACAGCAACGUAUGUGCUGGUGUUGUGUAACUCCAUCGGGACUCCACUGGACUCCAAAUACAUUGACAUUGACCCGCUGUUCGUAACCAUGACGAAGACUCACGUCAUCGCCGCAUCCAAGGAGGCGUUCUACGUCUGGCAGUACCGUGUGGCCAAGAAGCUCACAGCUCUGGAGAUCAACCAGGUGGCCAAGACUAGGAAAGAGGGCCGUGAAAGGGUUUACCACAUCGAUGACAAUCCGAGUGGCACAGCUGACGGGGUGCUGGACUUCACCAAAGCUUUCACGGCCACCAGAGAUCCAAUCUGUUGCAUCGCAGCGUCGGACAGAACUCUUAUAGUGGGUCGUGAAUCAGGGAUCUUGCAGAAGUACAUCUUGCCCAACAUCAGCCUGGUACAGAAGUUCUCUCUGAGCUGCCGAGCCUAUCAGCUCUCUCUGAACUGCAACUCCAGUCGCUUGGCCAUCAUCGACAUGACCGGAGUGUUGACGUUCUUGGACAUCGAUCCACGUGGCUCGUCUGGUGAGACUGAGGAAGGCGCCUCGGCCGGAGACCCAUCCAAAUUUGAGCGCAAAGACGUGUGGGACAUGAAGUGGGCCAACGACAACCCUGACCUGUUCGCCAUGAUGGAAAAGACCAGGAUGUACGUCUUCAGAAAUCUGGACCCAGAGGAGCCGAUUCAAACAUCAGGAUUCAUCUGUAACUUUGAAGAUCUGGAAAUCAAGUCUGUUCUGCUGGAUGAAAUCAUGAAGAAUCCCGAGCGGCCGAACAAGGACUACCUGAUCAACUUCGAGAUCCGUUCUCUGAGAGACAGCAGAGCGCUGAUUGAGAAAGUGGGGAUUGAGGACGCUUCCCAGUUUAUAGAGGACAAUCCUCACCCUCGACUCUGGCGUCUUCUAGCCGAGGCAGCGCUGCAGAAGCUGGAGCUGAAGAUGGCGGAACAGGCGUUCGUGCGCUGUAAGGACUAUCAGGGCAUCGAGCUGGUCAAGAGAGUGGAUAAGCUGCAGAGCGAGGACAUGAAACAGGCCGAAGUGGCCGCGUACUUUGGGCGCUUCGAGGAGGCUGAGAAGAUGUACCUGGACAUGGACCGCAGGGAUCUGGCCAUCAGUCUGAGGAUAAAGCUGGGUGACUGGUUCCGGGUUCUGCAGCUGUUACGGAGUGGGUCAGGGGACAGCGACGACGCUCUGCAGGAACAGGCUUACAACGCCAUCGGGGAUUAUUUCGCAGACAGACAGAAAUGGCUGAAUGCUGUGCAGUACUACCUCCAGGGCCGAAAUCAGGAGAGACUGGCUGAGUGUUACUACAUGCUGGAGGAUUACGACGGCUUGGAGCGGCUCGCUAACGCUCUACCGGAGAACCACAAGCUGCUGCCGGAUAUUGGGCAGAUGUUUGUCACUGUUGGAAUGUGUGAGCAGGCAGUAAGUGCAUACCUCAGGUGCAACAGGCCUAAAGCUGCAGUGGAUGCCUGCGUACACCUGAACCAGUGGAACAAAGCUGUAGAACUGGCUAAAGACCACAACAUGAAGGAGAUCGGUCCUCUGCUGUCCAAGUACGCCUCUCACCUGCUGGAGAAGAAAAAGACUCUGGAGGCAGUGGAGCUCUACAGGAAGGCUCACCACUUCCUGGACGCCGCCACGCUCAUGUUCAAGAUAGCGGAGGACGAGGCCAAGAAGCGGACGAGGCCGCUGAGGGUGAAGAAGCUGUACGUGCUCGCCGCCCUGCUGGUGGAGAAUUACCACACUCAGGUCAAACACUCUCAGCAAAGCAGAGCCAAGGGCAGGAAGUCAGAGGCCACCUCCGCUCUGGCCGGGUUGUUAGAAGAGGACUCAGCCUCUGCAGACAGUCACAUCGUGGAUAAAGCGUGGAGAGGAGCCGAGGCCUAUCACUACUUCCUGCUGGCUCAGAGACAGCUCUACAAUGGCAACGUGGAGGCCUCCAUGAACACGGCCCUCCACCUGCGUGAUUAUGAGGACAUCAUCCCCGCCGUGGAGAUCUACUCUCUCCUGGCCGUCUGCUCCUCGGCUCGCCGCGCCUUCGCCACGUGCUCUCGCGCCUUCAUCAAGCUGGAGUCUCUGGAGAGUCUGAGCGCUGAGCAGAGGCAGCUGUACGAGGAGCUCGCGCUGCAGAUCUUCACCAAAUAUCCACCUAAAGACAACCGCAAGAGCCAAGUGGACAGCACAGACGACAGUGUGGAGGUAAAGCUGCCCACGUGUAUAGUGACUGGACGCAGUAUCUCAGACUAUCAGUUCUGGAUGUGUGGUGUGUGUAAACACUGUGCUCACGAGCAGGACAUCACCAGCUACAGCUACUGUCCACUCUGUCACUCCUCUCUCACCUGAUAUACUUUCUCUCUCUCUCUCUCUCUCUCUCUCUCUGAAAGUGAAUGUAUUCCUCACUUAAUGAACUUUGUUGAUUUUUCAUGCAGAAGACAAUCAGCCUGGUUAUGAACAGCUUUAUAACAUUCAUCAUUCCACCAGUUCUCUUGUAUGCCGGACCGGACCGAACCGGACCGAACAGUACUGUAUCAUCAUCAGACUAACAUUAAACAUUAACAGUAUAUCUGAUAAAGUCCUGCUCAUGGCUGGAAUAUGACUCUGUGAAGGGAACAUAGCUAGCAUUGUGCUGUUUUCCUUUCUGCUCAUUAUGCGAUUGUUUGUCUCACUUAAACCUAACCCCCCCCCCCCAACACACACACAACACACACACAACACACACACACACACACACAUACACGUGCGCGCACACAAUGCUUUACAUGUAUUUUUUUCUACUUAAGUUUGUCUUUUCUCUCAUUUACAUUUUCUAUUAGACAUUUUUUACUCACAGAAUAAACUCUGAUGUACUUCUCUAAUGUCUUAAAGUACUAUUAAAACACACUUCCGGUCAUACACAAUCCACUUCCUGUGUU